AGUUAGCAUCAUUGUUUGUUAAUGCACGAUUAAUGAAGAACGAACUUUAAUUUCGAGCCGAAUUGGUGGUGAUGUAUUUUACAUUUAUGUGGUGAUAUUUUGUAUCAGGAGAAAUUAUAUAACUACACUUCCAAGUAAUAGAUUAUGGAUGAGUUAAGUAGUAUUUUGGCGAAAACUAAGGAUGAGUUUAUUCAGAGAGAGCAAGAUGAGAUUCUCUUGCAGCCAUUUACUUACAUUCAACAGAUUCCCGGGAAACAGAUUCGCUCGCAGUUAGCAUUGGCAUUUAACCACUGGCUAAAUAUACCUGUUGAAAAACUACAUCAAAUUGUAGAAAUCGUACAAAUGCUACACAAUUCUAGCUUACUAAUUGACGAUAUUGAAGAUAAGUCGAUAUUACGUCGAGGUGUACCGGUCGCUCACUCCAUAUAUGGAGUAGCAAGCACUAUAAAUGCGGCCAAUUAUGUCUUAUUCCUUGCACUAGAAAAAGUUCAGCAACUUAAUCAUCCCGAGGCUACAAAAGUAUACACUGAGCAAUUGCUUGAACUACACAGAGGACAAGGCAUGGAGAUAUAUUGGCGUGACAGUUUCACUUGUCCGUCCGAAAGUGAUUACAAAUUAAUGACUAUACGUAAAACGGGAGGUCUUUUCAUGCUAGCCAUAAGGCUUAUGCAAUUAUUUAGCGAAAAUCAAGAGGAUUUUUCAAAAUUAGCAGCUAUCCUUGGAUUGUACUUUCAAAUACGUGAUGAUUAUUGCAACUUGGGUCAAAAAGAAUACACAGAAAAUAAAAGUUUCGCUGAGGAUCUUACCGAAGGCAAAUUCGGUUUUCCCAUCAUACAUGCGGUCCGAACACAAAAACAGGAUAACCAAGUAUUACAUAUUUUGCGUCAAAGAACUCAGAAUGUUGAAGUUAAAAAGUAUUGCAUUAGCUUAUUAGAAAAAUUGGGUAGUUUUCAGUAUACACGAAAUAUGUUAGAAUCACUGGAUCGAGAAGCCAGAGCUGAGGUAACCCGUUUAGGGGGCAAUCAAUAUAUGGAUAUUUUAUUGGAUAAAAUGCUGUUGUGGAAAACGGCUAAUGAUAAUGUUGAUUAUAUUGCCUGUCAAGGCGAUACGGCUUUACCUGUUCAAAAUGGUUCAACGUGUAAUUAACAACCAAAGAGGCAAAGGAAGGAUCUUUAAAGUGAAGUGAUAUCCCCUUCUUUUGCUGCAAAAUCUCCGCAACAUUUCGAUUUAUAAAUUGUAUGUAAAUAUAUAUUUAUAUAUAUAUAUA